AUGAUCGGUCAAGUCUUAACCAAGUUCGAGAUUACGACAGUCCUCUGGGUGGUCCUUGGACAUGUAUUUCUCGGCGGCCUCACUCUCAUCCUUGUCCUGACUGGCAAUCUGUACCUGUCUCGUAGGGAACUCAGACAUUUACGACGCCUAGGUCAGCGCGGGGUGAGCGGCCUCGCCGACCAGUUUGACGCGAGAUACGAAAAGGAAGAAGGAGCAGCGCAGGACGAACCGAUCAUCGUCAAGGCGCUCUACAUCUACCCCAUCAAGUCAUGCGCACCCAUCGGACUGCAACGGGCUCUGCUGACCAAAACUGGCUUCGCAUACGACCGAUGCUUUGCUCUUGCCGUGGAGGCCAAUCCGGGUGAGUGGCAGUUCAUCAGCCAGCGUACGAAGCCACGGAUGUCACUAGUCAAGCAAGAACUGUGGCUUCCGGACGAACAGAGCAGCCCAGACGACCGACUGGUGCAGGCGGGCGGCUGUCUCAUCGUGAGCUUCCCCAACCCUGAUGCUCCCAACGCGUUCGGAUCCAUCAGAGCCAUGUUCGAGGCGCGGGCGUUGUCUGCAGUUCCCCACGUCCGCUUUGUCGUACCACUGCUUCCUUCAGCCAGUCAAACGCGCCAAUGGGGUCUACAGCUGAAGCCAUUCACGAUCCACAGUCGCCAGGCCUCGGGCCUCGAUUUUGGGCAACUGCCUCCUGUUGCAGCGGCACUCCCCAAGCUGAAGAGGUUUCUCAAGAUCCCGGAACGUCAGAGGCUUACCUUGAUGAGGUGUACACCAGACACUCUUGUCCGCACAACCAGGAAUCUAGCGCCGCUGAAUUACAUCGGCACGCCCGCGGUUCACGGCUACACGGAUCAACAGCCUGUGCACGUCAUAAACUUGCCAUCGGUGCACGCCACGUCCAAGCUGCUACCACGAGAGAAUCGGCCUCUUGAUGCGCUGCGGUUCCGAGCAAACAUCUAUUGUGCAGGCGCACCUGCGUUUUCAGAGGAAACGUGGAAACGGUACAGGAUCAUACCCAGAUCCGUAGCCUCGGGACUACGAAAGGCCAAGGUUGCGCCCGUAUUUUCGGUGGUUUGUCGCACGUCCAGGUGCACGAUGCCCAAUGUCAUCCCUGAAAAGGGCGUCUUCGAGGAAGACACCCCUCGUCCGGAGAAGAAGAGGGGGAGGCCUCAGCCGAGCACCACGCUGGUCAAAUAUCGAACAGUCGAGAACGGCAACCCGGCAGCGCUGGGAUAUCUGGGCAUGCAUUGCGUGCCGGAAGACUCAUCGCUGAAGGAGGCUGUCGACCAGAUUCUUGGCCUGUACGUCGAGGUCGGUGACGAGAUUGCCGUGCUCGAGAGGGGAAACCACCUCUACGGCUCCACCGGGGAUGACUACUGA